AUUUGGUUAAUUUUUAUUUUUUUUAUAAUUUUAAUCGAUCUUCAAUAAUUCUAAAUUGGUUCAUCAACAUGACUAAGGGUUUUAAUUAUUCUGAUAUGUAUAAGUGUUUUAAAAUCCAAUCAUACUUGUCGGUGGACCUCUCUCUAACAAAUCCAUCCUUUCAGGCUAUAGAGGGAGUUGCUGCCGGCGCCGUUUUGGUGAAUAGUGGCAGCUCUCCGCCGCCCCCGCAUGCUUUUUCUUUUUGUGUUUUAAGUUUCCAGCUCUUUUUGCUUUUAUCUUGUUUUUUCCAGCCACUCUUUGGCAUGCUUUUUCUACUUGUUUGGUUUCCCCUCGUGGGCUUUGUUUCUUCCCCUUCGAUUGGGUUGAUUUUUGAUCGUCUGUUUUGUUGCUUCAGAAUUGGAGAUGCAUGUCCUUUCUAAGAUGCAAGGAGGCUAGAUCUGGCUUGUCUUCUCCUCACCUUUUCCAUAGUCUACCUCCUUGUUCUCACCUUGUAGAUCUUGGUGGUUCGGAGACGAAGCCCAUGGCGACGGAUGCGGUUUUGGAGAGCUUGGAGACAGAAGAUCGUCUCCCCUCUAUUUCCUCCACCAGCGACCGACUGAGUUUGUUUGGUUUCCCUUGGGUUGUGCUCGGCAGGAAGCAUGUGGUUUGUUUGGCUCGGGGUGGUGCGUUUGGAGAUCUUUCUCCUUCUCUCUACCAACCGAGUAUGGCAGGAACCCGUUCCUUGGCUCAACAAAUGGUGGCUACGUCAUGGCGGCGUUGCUUGGUUCCGGUGAGCGGCAUCAAUUUUGGCCACAGCGGUGGCGAUCACAGAGGGGGAAAAAUGGCGGUUAGGGUUGGAGGAUUAGAGGAUAUGUUUUUGGGUCCUGCGCUUAGGGCUCUAUUAAGUUUCGAGCUUGGUUUGGGCCUGGUUAUCUACUAAUUUUUCAGCCUUUGUUGUUUAUUAUUGUAUCUUUUCCUUAGGACCUUGGCCCGUUGCAUUCUUAAUGUUAUCCACUUUAACAAAAAAGGCUAUUUUAUCGCUACUAAACAGUUGAAUCAUGAUUUUAGUACAAAAUACUCUAUCACUAACUUUUUUUUUAUAGAAUUUUUUGUACAGUUUCACAAUUCACCACCAUCAUAACAAAUUUUUUUUGAUGAGUCAUUGCUAUUAGACCUGGAAAAUUAGAACUGGACCCAUUGACCUGACCCGAACCUUUGCCAAAAGUAGAAGUUUUUAUAACCCGAAACUCGAAUGACCCAAACCCGAUGACCCAUGAUUUGUUGGUUUGGUUUGAGUGGGUUAGCGGGUCGACCCGUUAGACCCGUUCCAUUUUAUAUAUUACUCCCCAAAUGAUAAAUCAUUCAUAAAUUGGUGAGAUGUUUAAGAAAAUUUACAAGGAUAUGAAUGACAUGUUUGGAGUUUAAGGAUCAUCAAAUAUCAUGUGUUUCUUGUAGUAGCAUUAUUCUUGUGAUUGUUUUUUGACGAUUUCACAAUUUGUAUUUCAUUUCAUUAGCAUGGGAGGAAUUGAGAAUAUGUUAAUUGACAAUCUAAGUUGAAAUAGCUUAUUAAAUAAUGAGCUCAAAUAUUUCGGCCAAUCGGCCAGUACAUGCUAGUACAUAAAGCAGAUUCAUGGAUUGGAUUUCUCCCAUUUUGAAUUUGAUGUCUCCAGAUUAAUUUCCGGAAGGGUGUUGUGGUAAUUUAACGUAACUGCAACUAAUUGACGUGCUGCAUUUUGAUAUGUCCCGCGUAAUUUCCCUUGCCUAGCACAAGCCCUGGCCCAACUUCAGAGCUCAAAUUGGGUGGCCAACUUCAUAGCUCCAAUCGGCCAGUACAUGCUAGUACAUAAAGCAGAUUCAUGGAUUGGAUUUCUCCCAUUUUGAAUUUGAUGUCUCCAGAUUAAUUUCCGGAAGGGUGUUGUGGUAAUUUAACGUAACUGCAACUAAUUGACGUGCUGCAUUUUGAUAUGUCCCACGUAAUUUUCCUUGCCCAGCACAGGCCCUGGCCCUGGCCAUUGCCCAGCACAGGCCCUGGCUCAAAUUGGGUGGCCAACUUCAUAGCUCCAAUUGGGUCAAGUUCUCUCCCCCCCCCCCCCCCCCCAGACAUCAAACCCCACCCCUGCAGCGACAGUUCCAAGGCAAUUACUUUGGAGUGCGCGGUCUUUUCUGCAUGUAGGAGAACAUGAAAUCAAAGCAACACUUUUUAGGAUGAUUAGCCGUCAGAGAAAAGAGAAGAGAACGGAUAUAGUUGCCCAUUGACAAUGAUGAUUCCAGCUUCCUCUAAGGAUUUAUAGAAGAGCAAAAGUAGCAGAGUUACACCUAUUCAAUUGGUGAAAGAAGAACAUGAAACUAUUGUAAAAAUCCAGACAACUCCAAAUCAUCAUCGAUGAGAUAUGAAGACUAUCCAAUUAAAGGAAUACCAGAUAUUCACGACCCAAACUAUCAUUGAUGAGAUCCAAGGAAAUAAAUUCUCUUAUGAUUUCCUCCAUUUCAAAUCAUCAUUGUUGAAUCCUUGUGCCGUCUAGGAGAACUAUAGAGGUUUUUAAGGAGAACUAUAUUAAGAGACACGAGAUUGGAGAAUUCUUGCCUCGUAACUUCUCUGCGAUAAAACUACUAAACUACGAUAAAACGCGGUAUGUUGCGAUAAACGAACGACAAUAAACUAGACUUGGGUUCCAAUCUUCUUCAUACCAUUAAAUGAAUAAGACAUUAUAUAUUUAUAGGCACAAAAUCCUUUCAUUUUCCCUUAUGGUCCGGUCCACUCUUCCCUAUUCCUACCCACAAUAUGUAACCUUCUCCUACAAUGACACCUCAACCAAAUCAUAAACAAACACAAAAAGAUAACUCAAAUCUUACAAAGACUAGUGAACAAUAAUAAUAUCCCAAAUAAUGACGAAAUACAAACUAAUUAAUAAAACUACUAAGAAUAU